GGUUCACUCAUGGAGCCCUGAUGCAUGGUGUGCUUGUAGCCUUCUACUACACGUGAAAGACCAAGUCCAUAUGCCACCAUAUAUGCCAGGACCAGAGGCAAAGGAGGGUCAGCAUGUAUGGACAUAUGUCCACCAUACACCGAUACUCGACUGAAGACGCGCGCCCAAACAAAAGGCAAGAUACAAGCCAUAGCCGUGGCCACCGAGCGCACAAGAACGAGAGAGCAGCCGCGCGCCCAAGGAUGGGGGACGCGCCAUGCAACGUCACGCCGCGCCGACGCCAGAAGGGGGCGCUGCUGUGGCGCGGCCUCGGCCGGCGCCGGAGGCUCCCCAUCGUCCGGCUGGGCGGCGGCGGCACGGCAGCAGGGGCUGGGGGCGGCCGCGUCCGCGGGCGCGGGCUCCUGCGGCGGCUCCGGCUGCGCUGGCUCCUCCGCGCCGUCCGCAAGCUGGCCGCGGUCUACAUGGCCGCGCUCCAGCCACCGCCGGGGCCGCACGGCGCGUCGUCGUCAUGCCACCCGUGGAUCGGCAUCGAGCCCUGCUUCGCCACCCCCUUCGUGCCCAACGCCCGCCCCUUCUGGUGAGGGCGCUCUCGGCUCAGCACGCGGCGACGUGGCAGGAACUCCCUUCCGUCUCCCGGUAGUCCGGUAUCAGCCAGGACGCGCCAAGCUCCGGUGUAGUAGCCGCCGAAGCGCGGUGGCCGGUAGCGCUGAUCUUCUCGCGUCGUCUGCAUGCAUAAAACUCUGUCUUGCCUUUUUUUUUUUCUUUCUCUUUCAGGCAAACUGCAUAAUUAGUGUCAAUGUGUUCCUAAUUUGCUCGUGUGGGUCUAAAGAGAAAAGAUAGUAGUAAAAUCAACAUAUGUAUGAGUACGUGUUCUUCCCUUCCAACCAUCAUGGUUCCUUUCUUCUUCGGUUUUUUUCUUUUUUUGUGUGUCCUCAUAUGUUCCCCUUAUCGUCUGAAUUUUCUCAAUAUCUCGCACUAGCAAUCAGGAAUUCCUCGGAACUUCUUCUGGCAAAAAAUAUUAGUAGAGGGCAUCACAAUGCUUGUAGAGAUUGGAAAACAUAUUAGACACUGCAAGUCUAAAAGCAUCUCUGUCCUCCUUGACGGCAUCCGCAACGGUGGCCCUAGGCUGGAGAUGCCGCCAUCCCCGCCGCCAUCGCGCUAGCUUUCGAGAAGGUUGGCUUCCUCUUCCUCGAUCACAUUCUUCAUCGGCUGGGCCGGCGCGCUAGAUGCCGUCCUCCUCGUACUACCGCAUCUCCCCUACCCCUUUCCGAAGCGCGAGGUGAAGGAGGAGUACGAGACGCCGGCGCCCCAGGCCCCUAGAGCACACGUGGCAGUUGCAUCGCCAUAUCGAUCUACGAGCCAACGCAACGGGCUAGCCGUGGUAGCGCCGCCCUUGUCAUCCCGAAACCGGAUGUGACGGAGGAAGAGGACGGGUUGGCAUCGCUCCUUCGCCACCAACACCGCGUCGCAAGCAGCGAUGGCCCUGGCGACACGCCGGAAUUCAACGCGUAGUACGUGUCGUCGCGGAACGACCACAUCGCAUGGGAGGGCAACAUCGAGGAUGUGAUCGCCAUGUCCUCCCGCGACAGCGGCAGGCCACGUGUUGACCUCAUGCGCAACAACGAUGAAGCUGGCAC